AUGUGGCUUUCAAAGGGACAGUGGAGCAGGAAGGGAGGAGAAGGAAAGGGGUUGGUGGCAGUUGCAGUAGACAAAGACAAAGGGAGCCAAAAUGCAUUGAAAUGGACUAUGGAAAAUCUUCUCUCCAAAGGCCAAACUGUUGUUCUAAUCCAUGUUUUUAGCAAAUCAUCAUCAUCAUCAUCAUCAUCAUUUCAGCAGCUUGAGAAGAUGGCCAAGGAUCUCUUCCUUGCAUUUCGAUGCUAUUGUACCCGUAAAGAUGUGCGUUGCCUUGAUGUUGCCCUUGAAAGCACUGAUAUAGCAAAAGCAAUAACAGAAUAUGUUGCCCAUGCUGCAAUCGAGACUUUGGUUCUCGGCACCCCGUCACGGAGUGGAUUUAUGAGAAAAUUCAAGGCAGAUGUCCCAAGCACUGUGUCAAGAGGGGCACCGGAUUUCUGUACUGUGUAUGCAGUCUCGAAAGGAAAGGUCUCUUCCAUGAGAAAUGCUUCUCGUGCCGCCCCAUUUGUCUCCCCACUACUAGAUCAAAUAAAAAACCAACAGAAUGAAAAAAGUGCAGGAGAUGACUCUCAUGAAGCACUAUACAAACAUAGUUGGAGUAUAAAACAGAGGACGGCGUCAGUCAACCAUCACAUCUCAGUUGAUGAAAACUUCAGGUCACCGUUUGGAACAGGAAGAUAUGGUCAUAGUGUAAGAUCAUUUGCAGACUUAAUGUCAGAAACUGACAUAUCAUUUGUAAGCUCAAGCAGGCCAAGCACUGACCGCAUGUCUUCUACAACCUAUGAUUUCAUGGAUUCUGGACUAGCCCCACGGCUUUCAACUAGUUCAGCAACUAGCUUUGCAUCUAUACAUUCAGGAACAAAGUCCAUUGGCCCCAAUUCCCAGCAGGGAUUUUCAUCAGUUUCACAUGAUAGUGGAGGAACGUCAUUUUCCGGUUCAACACAUAGCCUGGAUGACAUGGAAUCUGAGAUGAGGAGGCUAAAACUAGAGCUGAAGCAAACAAUGGAAAUGUACAGUGAAGCAUGUAGAGAAGCACUUACAGCAAAACAAAAGGCAACGGAGCUGAAUCGCUGGAGAAUAGAAGAAGAACGAAGAUUGGAAGAGGCAAGAUUUUCUGAGGAAGCUGCACUAUCAAUUAUAGAACAAGAGAAAGCCAGGUGCAGAGAAGCCAUAGAAGCUGCUGAAACAGCUCAGAGGAGAGCAGAAAUAGAAGCACAAAGGAGAGUCAACAUAGAGAAAGCCCUCAAAGAAGCUGCACAAACGAAAAAAUCAAAGGGUAAUCUAUCCUAUAAUGAUAUCAGAUACAGGAGAUACUCAAUUGAGGAGAUUGAAGAAGCAACACAAUACUUUUCGGAAUCAAAGAAGAUCGGGGAAGGAGGUUAUGGCCCAGUUUACAAGUGUUAUCUUGAUCAUACACCAGUUGCAGUCAAGGUUUUACGUCCUGAUGCGGCCCAAGGAAGGUCACAAUUUCAAAGAGAGGUUGAAGUGCUUAGCUUAAUACGGCAUCCAAACAUGGUACUGCUUAUAGGAGCCUGCCCAGAGUAUGGCAUUCUAGUCUAUGAACACUUGGGAAAAGGAAGCUUAGAAGAUUGUCUUUUCAAGAGAGGGAAUACCCCAGCUCUUUCUUGGCAAAUCAGGUUUCGAAUUGCAGCCGAGAUAGCCACAGGUCUACUCUUUCUCCAUCAGACCAAGCCAGAGCCACUAGUGCACCGUGACCUAAAGCCAGGAAACAUUUUGCUAGACAACAACUACACCAGUAAGAUUGGGGAUGUUGGAUUGGCCAGGCUUGUUCCUGCUACAGCUGAGAAUGUAACACAGUACUACAUGACAUCAGCUGCUGGAACUUUCUGCUAUAUUGAUCCAGAGUACCAACAAACUGGAAUGCUUGGUGUGAAAUCUGAUGUAUAUUCCUUAGGGAUCAUGCUUCUGCAAAUCAUAACAGCCAGGCCACCAAUGGGGUUGACUCACAUUGUUGAACAAGCUAUUGAAAAUGGGGCAUUCAAAGAAGUUCUAGACCCAGAUGUGCCUGAUUGGCCAGUUGAAGAGGCUUUAAGUUAUGCAAAGCUUGCACUCCAAUGUGCAGAACUGAGACGGAAAGACAGGCCAGAUCUUGGCACAGAAGUCUUGCCAGAGCUCAACAAACUGAGAGAUUUUGCUGAAGAAAAGAUGAACUACCUUUAUUUCGCUGGCAGUUUCGGUCCUUCUGCCAGCCACAGCCAAGCUUCAAUAACUCCCCCCCUCAGCCAAACUUCAAUGACUCCCACCAACCUCAGUCAAUCUUCAGUAAAUAAGGAAGUGACGUGUGAUUUCGUAGUUGAAAACCCAUGA